AUGGAUCCGGUAAUUAUUGUUUCCGGUAACUGGAUUAAGAAAAACAAAUAUGUAUUCAACGUCGACAGUAGAGGGUGUAAAGUUCUUCAUUUAGAUGAGAAAACAACAUAUGAAGAUUUCACAAAGUCUGUUCUUGAUGAUUACGGAUUGAAUGAUUUGAAGGAUCAUAUUCAACUUAGCUACAUGUUCUCGAAUAAAGCAUUGAAAACGAUGGCGCACGACACUCCACCAGUUUACGUGUCCAAUACUCGACAAUUGCAAGGUUUUCUAAGCCUGAAGAAAAUCGAACAACUACGUCUCUGUGUGGAGAUUACGGAGAACAGAGCAAGAGAGAAGAGUAAAACAUUUUUGAGCAUUAGCUCAGAAGCAGAAGCAGAAGCUUUAGUAGUUGAAUCCAGAGACGAAAAUUAUAGUGGGAGUUACGGUGGUUGCAGUUUGGAGAAGGAACAAGAGGACAAUGAGAAUGACUGCUCUAACGGUGCUUUAUCUGAAGAUGAUAACUUCAGCUCAUACGGUGAGUCUCCUACAUAUGACGAAGAUUCACCAACGCUACCUCCCAAGAAGAGAUAUCAGAACUUCUCAAUGAGCGGAUCUAAAGGGAAUCUGGAGGUUCUAAGUUUGGAGAUGUCGUCGAUAGACAUUGCGGUAGGUCAACGAUACGAUAGUAAAGACGAUUUGGAGAGACGACUGAAACUUCUUACAGUGAGGUAUAAAUUUGAUUUUGAUGUAGAAACAUCAACCCCGACAUCAUACGUUGUUAAGUGUUGGGUUGAUGGAUGUCUCUGGAGAGUUCGUGCUUCAACCCAAGGAGAAUCCAAGGCGUUUUAUGUUCGUAUUUACGAUUCGAAGCAUACAUGUUCCUGCACAGAGUGUUCUAAUCGAUCUCGACAAGCAACACCAGAUAUUUUAGGUAUGUUGUACAAGAACUCUGUCGGCGACGUUGGUCUGGCCGUUCGCCCUACGAGCGUCGGAAUAGCUAUCACUAAGCAUUUGAUGGAUUAUUGGAAAUCACACCGGUCGCUGAAAUUUACAAGGGAAAUCGAUGAGGAAACACCUGAGUGUGGGUUUGAAAGCUUGCCUUCUUACUUAUACAUGAUAAGAAGGGCAAAUCCAAGUACAGUUACGCGUCUUCAAAUCGAUGAGCUUGGAAGUUUCAUGUAUGUGUUUCUUGCCUUUGGUGCGAACGUUAAUGGGUUUCCUUUCAUGCGCAAAGUUGUUGUAGUCGACGGUAAGUUUCUCAAUGGUAAAUAUAAAGGGACGCUACACAUAACACUAGCUCAGGACGGUAACUUCCAGAUUUUUCCAAUAGCCUUCGCAGUGGUUGACACAGAAAAUGAUGAUUCGUGGCAUUGGUUUUUUACGCAACUAAAACUUCUGAUUCCUGACGACGAGGGUCUUGCGAUAAUCUCGGAUAUGCAUAACUCGAUAGGGAAAGCAAUUAGAAAUGUGUAUCCGUUGGCUGCUCGAGGAAUAUGCACCUACCAUUUAUAUAAGAACAUAUUGGGACGGUACAAAGGAAAAAAAGCAUUCCGUCUGGUGAAGAAAGCGGCGAAAUGUUUUAGGAUGUCUGACUUUACUGCGAUUUUCGAGGAGAUUGAAGCGAUUCAUCCUGCACUACACUGCUACCUCCAAAGAGCUGAUGUCCGCCUGUGGACGCGAGUUCAUUUCACGGGCGAGAGUUACAAUUUGAUGACUACAAACAUAGCGGAAUCAAUGAACAGAGCAUUGUCGCAUGCUAGAGGUCUAAACAUUGUUCGAAUAUUAGAAUUGAUACAGGUUAUGAUGACCAGAUGGCUUGCUGAACAGAGAGAGGAUGCCAGAUCGCAGCCAACGACGCUUACACGUGGUGUCGAGAAACUACUACAUGGUCGUGUAACUACCGCCAGAGAAUUGACGGUCCAAAGGAUUGAUGAUCAUCACACUGAAGUUAAAUAUGGAUCUUCUAGCGAGUCUUUGAAUGUUGUUAAUUUGGUAGAGCGAAAGUGCACAUGUCGGCGUUUUGAACGCGAGAAAUUACUAUGUGUACACGCAAUCGCAGCUGCAGAGUACAACAAUGUUUGUCGUAUAUCCCUGUGCAGUCCUUACUAUAACAGUGAAUAUUUGGUGAGCGCAUACGCUGAAUCUAUCAUGCCGGCUGACUCAGCGCAACCUGUUCCAGAAAUCAUGGCAAACCAACCGUGCUUGCCCCCGUAUAUUCGUCAACAACCAGGAAGACCUAAGAAAAAUAGGAUGAAAUCUGCUUUAGAAGUUGCACUUCAAAACAAACGUCCUAGGAAAGAAAACAAAUGUUCUCGAUGUAGACAAAGUGGCCAUAAUGCAAAAACUUGUCCAAUGUAA